CUAUAGUGAAAAUAAACUAUUAAGUUUUUUAAAACGCCCUAUAAAAUCUAUGGUAUUUGAGUGCAAAAUACCAGCCUCCUACACUCAUAACUCAGUCUGUGAUGGAUACUAUCACACCCCUUUCUUUUGUCCUCUCAACUCUCACCAUUUUGCAGUAUGUUCUUCAGGCAAUUUCAGAUUCAUCACCCCUUGACAACUUUUUCCAAUGUCUUUCAAAUCAUUCCCCUCCUUCAAGUCCUGCAUCUAACGCCAUUUACACUCCAAAGAACUCCUCAUUCUUAUCCAUCUUGCAUAUGCACACACAUAAUCACAGAUUUUCUAAUCCAAAUGCAUCAAAACCUCUAGCCAUCGUAACACCUAUACACGUGCCUCACGUGCAGGGAACUGUUAUAUGUGCCAAGAAUAAUGGUCUCCAGAUUAGAAUCCGGAGUGGCGGCCAUGAUUGUGAAGGCCUUUCAUAUGUAUCAGACGUGCCUUUUAUUAUUCUUGACAUGUUUCAUUUUGGAGCAGUUGAUGUUGACAUUGCAAGUGGAACAACAUGGGUUCAAGCUGGUGCAACCCUUGGUCAACUUUACUAUCAAAUUGCAAAGAAAAGCAAAAUCCAUGCUUUCCCAGCUGGGGUUUGUCCAACUUUAGGAACUGGAGGCCAUUUCUCUUAUGGUCUUUCCGUGGAUAAUAUAAUUGAUGCGAAGCUUGUUGAUGUUAACGGUGAAAUACUUGAUAGAAAAUCAAUGGGAGAAGAUCUAUUUUGGGCUAUUAGAGGAGGUGGUGGGGCCAGUUUUGGUGUCAUUCUUUCAUGGAAGAUCCAAUUGGUUCAUGUAACUCCCAAAGUGACAGUUUUCAAAGUGAGAAGAACAUUGGAAAAAGGUGCAACUGAUGUUGUUUACAAAUGGCAACUAAUUGCAACAAAGUUGCAAGAAGAUCUUUUCAUAAGAACAAUGUUUGAAGUUGUCAAUAGUACUCAAAAUAAAAAGACAAUACAAGUUACUUUUAUUGGCCUAUUCUUGGGAAAAAUUAAUGACCUUUUUCCUUUGUUAAAUGAGACUUUCCCCGAAUUGGCUUUGUUGCGAAGUGAUUGCUCUGAAAUCCCAUGGAUCAAUUCCACUCUUUAUUGGGCAAAUUACCCAAUUGGAACCCCGAUUGAAUCUUUGCUUGAUGUACCCAAAGAGCCCAUUUCAUACUCGUUUAAAACCAUGUCAGAUUAUGUGAAGAAUCCCAUUCCAAAGACGAGUCUAGAAUCCAUUUGGGAGUUUAUGAUUAAAAUUGAGUGUGUGCGGAUGGAAUGGAACCCUUAUGGUGGGAAGAUGGACAAUAUUUCAGCAUUAGAAACACCAUUCCCUCAUAGAGGUGGGAACUUGUUCUUGAUUGAGUACUUGACAUCUUGGGGGGAAGAUGGGGUUGAGGCAAGGAAUCAUUACUUGGAAAUUUCAAGGUUAUUCUAUGAAUUUAUGGCCCCAUAUGUUUCAAACUCUCCGAGGGAGGCAUUCCUCAAUUACAGGGAUCUUGAUAUCGGAGUCAAUCAUCAAAGCAGUGCAACAAUCAUGGAUAUUGCUCCAAGUUUUGGGAGAAAGUACUUUCGAGCUAAUUUUGAAAGAUUAGUGAGUGUGAAAUUUAAGGUUGAUCCCGAGAACUUCUUUAGAUUUGAACAGAGCAUACCACCUAUGUCUCGUUAG